AUGAAGUCAGAUUUUAAAUUUUCUAAUUUAUUAGGGACAGUUUAUAGAAAGGGAAAUUUAGUGUUCAAUCAAGAUGGAACAAAACUAUUAUCGCCAGUAGGGAAUAGAGUUUCGUGCUUUGAUUUAAUCAAAUCUCAAUCAUUUACAUUCGAUUACCAACAUCGUAAGAAUGUUCAAUGUAUUGCCUUAAACAAUCAAAACACUUUAAUGAUUUCCAUAGAUGAAGAUGGUAGAGCAAUUCUUGUUAAUUUUGUAUCCCGUGUUGUAUUACAUCAUUUCAAUUUCAAAUCUAAAGUAAAUGACAUUAAAUUCAGUCCUUGUGGUAAAUAUUUUGCCAUUGCUAUAGAUAGAUUCAUUCAAGUAUGGAAGACUCCUGAUUUGACUGAAGAUAGACAAUUUGCUCCGUUUGUUAGACACAGAAUUUAUCUGGGACAUUUCGAUGAAGUUUUGAAUAUAUCUUGGUCAUUGGAUUCAAGAUUUUUUAUAAGUACCAGUAAAGAUAUGACUGCCAAGAUUUUUUCGUUGAAUAGUGAUGAAAAGGAUGUUGCAAUGACUUUUUCGGGACAUCGUGAUUAUGUGAUAAAUGCAUUUUUCAGUCAUGAUCAAGAAAUCAUUUAUACUGUUAGUAAAGAUGGUGCAUUGUUUAAAUGGGAAUAUACUGAACGUCCUAAACCAGAAAACGAAGACAGUGAUAGUGAAGAUGAUGCAACUGAUAAGCCAAUGAGUUGGAGAAUUACUGCAAAGAAUUUCUUCUACGCUGAUGGGAAAUUAAAAUGUGCUUGUUUCCACCCACAAUCAAAAUUGUUGGUUGUAGGAUUUACAAAUGGUGAAUUUAGACUUUAUGAAAUUGAAGAUUUUAACCUUAUUCAACUGUUAAGUAUGGGUCAAAAUGCCGUCAAUACUGUAAAUAUCAAUAAAACCGGCGAAUGGUUAGCCUUUGGAUCGGCAAAAUUAGGACAGUUGUUGGUUUAUGAAUGGCAAUCAGAGUCAUAUAUAUUGAAACAACAAGGCCAUUUUGAUUCCAUGAACACAUUGUGUUAUUCUCCUGAUGGGUCACGUCUAGUGACUGGGUCUGACGAUGGGAAAAUUAAAAUUUGGGAUGUUCGAUCAGGGUUCUGUUUAAUGACAUUUACAGAACAUACAUCUGCUGUCACUCAAGUUCAAUUUGCCAAACGUGGUCAAGUGUUAUUUUCAAGUUCAUUAGAUGGUACUAUUAGAGCAUGGGAUUUAAUCAGAUUCAGGAAUUUUAAAACUUUUACUGCCACAUCAAGAGUUCAAUUUAAUUGCUUGGCAGUUGAUCCAAGUGGUGAAGUCAUUGUUGGUGGGUCACAAGAUACUUUUGAAAUAUAUGUUUGGUCAGUACAAACAGGUCAAUUAUUAGACUCAUUAACCGGUCAUGAAGGUCCAAUCUCUUGUUUGACUUUUGGUAAAGAGAAUUCAAUUUUGGCUUCAGCAUCAUGGGACAAAACCAUUAGAAUUUGGAAUAUUUUCAGUCGUAAUCAAACUGUGGAACCUAUUGAAAUUCAAAGUGAUGCAUUAUGUUUGACUAUGAGACCCGAUUGUAAGGAAUUGGCAGUGCUGACAUUAGAUGGCCAUGUUACCAUUUUUGAUAUUGAAGAUGCUAAGCAAUUGCAUUUAAUUGAUGGACGAAAAGAUAUUGUCAAUGGGAGAUACUUGGAAGACAAAUUUAUUGCCAAGAAUUCAAACAGGGGGAAAUAUUUCAGUACCAUUGCUUAUUCCUUUGAUGGAUUGACUUUGUUGGCCGCGGGUAACAACAAUUCUAUUUGCAUGUAUGAUAUUGAAAACGAGGUACUAUUAAAGAGAUUCAUUGUUUCGGAAAAUAUGUCAUUGGAUGGUACUUUACAGUUUUUGAACAGUAGCAAAAUUACCGAUGCUGGUACAAACUCUGAUUUAAUCGAUAGAGCCGGUGAAUUAAGUGACUUGGAAGAUAGAGUAGACAAUAGUUUGCCUGGUUCACAUCGUGGUGGUGAUCCUAGUGAACGUAGAACGAGACCAGAAGUCAGAGUUACUGCUGUCGAGUUUUCUCCUACAACAGCUGCAUUUGCUGCAGCUUCCACUGAAGGGUUACUAAUAUUUUCUAUAAAUCAAGAGCUUAUUUUUGAUCCAUUUGACUUGGAUGUUGAUGUCACCCCUGAAGCCACGUUGGAAUCCCUUAAGGAGAAAGAAUAUUUGGUUGCAUUGGUCAUGGCAUUCCGUUUGAAUGAAAAUUACUUGAUCCACAGAGUUAUUGAAUCUAUUCCAUUACAAGACAUCAAAUUAGUGUGUCAAGAUUUACCAGUAAUUUACGUCAACAGGGUAUUAAAUUUCAUUGGUGAAUUGUUGACUAAGAAAGAAUCUCCGCAUAUUGAAUACUAUUUGAUUAUGGUUAAAAACUUAUUGAUACAGCAUGGUCGAUACAUUAGUCUGAAUAAAUUUGAAUUUCAAUCUUCCAUGAAGUUGUUGUCACGAUUCUUAAAUAAGACAGCUAAAGAUGUGAUAAAUGUUGGUAAAAGAAAUGACCAUUUAUUGACUUACUUAACAGUUAGUAAAGAUUUGAAAACUGCAAGUGGUCACAGUGAAGGAGAAGAGAAUAUAGAAAUGAACGAAGACCUGGAAGCUGAAGAUAUAGACAUUGACGAGGACGACGAUGAUGAAGAAGGUUGGUUAGGUCCAAAUGGAAACUCUGUAAAGGCUGCAAAUGGAAUUGUUUUUAGUGGACCGGCUGACAGUAGCGAUGAAGAGGAUGAAGAUGAGUUGAUUGAAGUAUAG